AUGUCCUCAACUACACAAGAUACGAUUCUUCAAUCGCUGAACGAGGCGCAACGCCGCGCUGUGACUUCAACCGCAUCAACCGUUGCAAUCCUCGCCGGUCCUGGAAGUGGGAAAACCCAUACCCUAACAUCGCGAGUAGUAUGGCUUAUCCAGAACGUUGGCUACCGUCCUUCCGAUGUUGUCGUCGCAACCUUUACCGUCAAAGCCGCCAGGGAGAUGAAAGAGCGAAUCGGGAAAACACUAGGCGAAGAAUGUGAAAAGAAGAUUGUGCUUGGAACAUUUCACUCGAUCGCUCGAAGAUAUCUGUCAAUAUACGGGAACCGAAUCGGAUUGGACUCCAAAUUCGGCAUCGCAGACGAUGGAGACUCCAGAGCAAUUAUCCAGAGAAUCUGCAAAAGGCUGGAACUUAAUAUCGAACCAUACCACGCCAAAUCAUGGAUCAGCAAAGAGAAGGCGAAAGGUCCAAAUGCCAUGGCGCCACCUCCAACACAGAAAGGCAGAAAAGAGAACCCAGCAUUGAGGACAUGCUUCCAGGAAUACCAGGCUCAGCUCAAAAGAUCGAAUCUGCUGGACUACGAUGAUCUCCUGGUCAAAUGCGUCGAAUUGCUCCGAGACCACCCGGCCUGCGUAUCCAACGUCCAGACUGUCCUUAUUGACGAGUAUCAAGAUACCAAUGGCAUUCAAUACGAACUAAUGAAACUCUUUGCCCAAGCAAAACAACGAAUAACGAUCGUUGGCGACCCCGAUCAGAGUAUCUAUGGCUGGCGAUCAGCCGAAGUAAAAAACCUCUUCCGUUUACUGCGAGAAUACCCCAACACAGAUGAAAUAUCACUGGAAGAAAAUUAUCGUUCUUCACAGUCCAUCCUUGAUGUAUCACUUACUGUCAUUCAGCAAGACAAGAAGCGAUACAAGAAAGUUCUGCUGCCGGUCCACACUAAGGGAGCGCGACCGGUACUCAGGACAUUGAAAAGCUCGUCUGCUGAAGGCGAAUGGAUUGUUUCAGAGAUCAAGCGAGUGGUCAUGAUGUUUGGAGACAUGCUCAAGUUUGAGGAUGUCGCAAUCCUCUUGAGAUCUGCUGCCCUUUCCCGACACAUCGAAUCAGCCCUAGGAAAAGCUGGUGUUGCAUACCGAAUGAUCGGAGGACACAAAUUCUACGAACGGAAGGAGAUUAAAGUGUUGAUAGACUAUCUCCGGGUAGUCAGCCAGCCUGACAACAAUGAUGCGCUUGCCAGGAUCAUUAAUGUACCUCGACGAGGUAUCGGAGAGGCAACGGUCAAGUCACUUAUCGAAGAAGCAGAGCAGUCCGACAUGAGUCUCUGGACCUUGAUUCUGAAACACUGCAGAGGCAAUCGGAAAGCCAAAGCUAACAUCAGACCUAAAAUGGAGCAAAAACUCAAUACGGAACUCAUCCGUACCAUUACGAGUCUACAAAAAGAAGCCAGUCAAAUCAGCCAGAGUAGCCCUGUUACGCUGGUUAACUUGAUCGAACAAUUGUUGACCCACCUCGAUUUCAAGAAGUAUUUGGAGGAAGAAUAUACAGAAGAGCACGAACAACGAUGGGCCAACGUCCAGGAAUUCAUCAAUUUAGUUAGCGAUUUCAUGAAAGACUUUGGUGCACCAGACGAAGACGCACUUCCGGAAAUUGACAACUUGGAUCAGGUUAAGGACGACGACAUGCUGGGCCGUUUUCUGGCCAACGUGUCGCUGGCGUCGGAUGCGCAGAACAAGGGCAACACAACAGAACAGAAAUCUCUGGUCACAAUCUCGACAAUUCACGCCGCGAAGGGGCUAGAAUGGCCAGUCGUCUUUGUACCAUCUGUUUACACAGGAUCAAUCCCUCACUCAAGAUCCGAAGACACAGACGAGGAACGACGCCUUUUGUACGUGGCAAUGACACGAGCGCAAGCACUGCUGUAUCUAAGCUGUCCCCUCUACGGCACCCAGGGAAUGAGCAGCAAAGUCGAGCUUUCGCCGUUUGUGGCACCAUUUGCGUCCAAGGAGUUUGCCAAAAAAGGUCCAUCAUUCGAUCGAGCAGUUGUAGAAGGUGUUGCGAAAAUUCUUGGCCGAGACGCUCCAUCUGAGAAGACAGUUUUUGGAAAGCUCCCACCGAUGUUCUCGGUCGAAGACGAUAAGUUCCCAACCGAUCCUAUCGACCCCAAGAAUGUCGAAAGGUAUGAUGAAGAAUCCGGCCCACAGCAUCCUCGCGCACCGAAGCGGCAGCGUGUCUCAAACCCUACCACUUCCUAUAAUGAAUCAGAUGAGCUUCCCUGGCAGAGAGAAUAUGCUACAACAAUGGAGCAGUCAUCUGAUUUCACAGUCGCUGCCUUGCCAGGUUUCACAACCGCUGGGGCCCACAGAGUCGCGCUUGAUGCCGCAGCAGCAGCUGCACCGCAACCGACAAGUUCAAAACCAGGCACAAAGAAGGGAUCAACCAAACGAGGUGUUGGGCAGAAAAGUAUGCUUGGAUGGCUCAAUCAAGGACCAAACGCCCCUAAACCUCCACCUGAGCCGCAACCACAACCGCAGAGUAGGUCUCUUGCGCAGGCUCGGUAUCAAUCCGCUUUGUCGCGACAGAAUAGCAGGUUACCCUCCCUACCUGAGCCGAAAAAGCCAUUGAUUGACCCCGAAUUGGCGGAACACAAAUUACCAUCUGCACGACCUCUAGCGAAACCUAAUGUACCCAAGAUUAAUGACGGCGGUCCCCAGAAAGCCUAUUCGUGCUUCUCUAGUUCACCUCCACGAUCUCCACCGAAAAGAGAACCCGAAGAAGCUGAGCAAGAAGUCCUGCCUAAUAAGCCUGCUUCAACUCUUCAUGCGACAACGUUUAUGUCGGUCAGGCCGAAUGGUGGUGUCAGACGGCCAGUUGGGCUAGGACCGGCACCAACGAUGGACCGAUUGAGAAAACCGUUCAAACCGCUGACGAUGAAUCGACCGCAACGGCCGAGCGGUUGA